UCGGCAGGGCAGUUAAUCGAAUAUUCUCCGAACGAAUCCAACUACCUGUCUCGCUAUAAGUAUACCCUACACCCACACGUACGCACUGUUUUCCUAGAGAAAGAAAGCGAUGACUGAGGCACUCAAGAGAGAUUACAGAGUGAAGGAGGAGAUUGGGAGGGGAAAGUACGGCGUUGUUUUCAGGUGUUACUCCGCCGUCACCGGUGACUGCUUCGCCGUGAAGUCAAUCGACAAGCGCCUCAUCGAAAACGACGCCGUUGACAGACAGUGCCUUUACAAUGAAGCCAAGAUCAUGCGGCUGGUUUCGAGCAAUAAUCAUCCAAAUGUCUUGAAAAUUUUUUAUGUUUACGAGGAUUAUAGCUUUCUCCACAUUGUGCUCGAGUAUUGUGACCCAUCGGACCUUUUUGAGCGGAUACAUGCCCGACCAUUUCUCGCCGAAUCGGAGGCUCGCAAUGUCAUGGUACCACUAAUGGAAGCCAUAGCACAUUGCCACCGGCUCGGGGUAGCCCACCGGGACAUAAAGCUGGACAACAUUCUUUUCAAUGACAGAAAUGAGCUGAAGCUUGCUGAUUUCGGCUCAGCUGAGUUCUUCCGUGACAGCCAGCAGAUGUCUGGCAUUGUUGGGACUCCCUCCUAUGUCGCUCCGGAGGUGUUAGCUGGAAAGAGCUACAAUGAAAAGAUUGAUGUGUGGAGCUCAGGGGUCGUUUUGUACAUAUUGCUAGCCGGCAUCCCUCCAUUUUAUGGGGAGUCAGCUAAGGAGAUUUUUGAUGCCGUGCUUAGGGCGAAUCUGAGGUUCCCGGCAAGGGUUUUCGAGUCGGUAUCCCCAGGAUGUAAGGAUUUGCUAAGACGGAUGCUUUGUAGGGAUGUAUCCAAAAGGUUCUCCGCUGAUCAAGUUCUACGUAAGUAUUAGUAUUAUGAUUGAUCUUCUUUCCUUUUUUCAUGUUGUUUGAGGUCAAAUAUGAUAUUCAUA